GGGCCAGUGGAGGGCUCUUGUAGACACGAUAAUGAACCUUUGGAUUCCAUAAAAUGUGGCGAAAUUCAUGAGUAAGAUACACCCAGCGGCUUCUAGAGAAGGGCUCAGCUCAUGGAGUAAGUGGUUCUAUGCGGGAGGUUCUGCGGCCAAGGCAUGAAACUGGCCAUUCAUCUCAGUUCAUCUCCAUCUAGUGCCGAGGUUUAGGAUGUGUAAAGCUGUACGUCCUCACCUCCAUGCCUCCAUAGAGUGGUGCUUGGUUAAGUACAGAGAAGUUUUUUGUAAUACUAUUUCAUUUUGUACCAAAUUAAGAACUAUCACUUCUAUAUCUCUCUGGUGACCCUGGUGACUAACCUCCUUGGCUCCUUGGUCCUUGGCUCUCUGCAGUGUUCAUGCACUAGUCUUGCCUGGUAACCGAAGCAUGCGUGUUUGUAUUCCUAAGUGGGCGGAGACUUAAUUUGUUGGAAUGGCAUAGUAAAGGUAACAAAGUAUUGUGGUCUGUUGAUGAGGAAGAGGAAGGUGCUUGUAUUUAGGUUCCGUGGCAGUUCUUUCGGACAUAGUUUACGUAGCAACAAGCAACAGUUUUGUAAUUAACAUGGAAAGUUCAUGUGUGUAAUAUGUGCGGGAGAAGCCGGUGGGUGGACAGUGUGAACCCGAGCUGAAUAGACCACUAGGAAAUACUCUUAAGAUCCAAGGAGACUGACCGCACACUAAGAUGGCCAAUUACUUCGCGUGCAUGUGCCUGAUGAGGAUUGUACUGCCGCUCAGCCUAUCCUUGAGUGUGCUCUUUCGCCAGACUGGCUUAUCAUUUAUAUAUCUGCUCCUCCUACUGCUACUACCCAUGGUGAGGAUACCCACACACAAGACCAUGGCUGGAUCCACAGGCCAGUAUCUGCGGGCAGUGAUGGUUUUAAGUUUCCUUGCAUCCAUCACGCAACUUUCUUUUCAGAUUGUUCUGUUUUCUAUGCCACCAUAUGGAAACUUUCUAAAAGAAAGCAAUACAACUGAGACUAUUCUGCGACAUGUUGGUUUGAUUCGACUUAAUGGGAUCCGAGUAGAAGAUGGCUUUCGCUAUAUUGCUCCAGAAGUACUUAUGCUAAUAACCUCAAUUGCUGUGUAUGUGAGUUGUACAAAACUCUCAGCUGAAGUUACACAUAGCCGUGCCUCAUCAGCUAGUGCCCCAUCGACAGCUGCCAUUCUUCCUCCAGUAUCAAAUGCUGUGGCAUAUCAUAAUAGGCGUAAGGCCUUUUUUAUUACAGUAGGUAAAUGUCUAGCACUAGCAUCACUGUGUCUAGCAGGCAUUUUGCGACCGUCUGCUCUAAAUGGUGUCUACUUUCUUGCAUUCUUGGGUGGUAUGACAUGGUGGUCAUGCUACAAGGAACUUCAUCGUCCAUUUGGUGUGGUGCUUCAUUGCAUUCAAGUUGUGGCAGCCCUGCACAUCAUGGCACUCUUUGUUGUUCAGCUACAGUGGGUUCAAGAUUUUCUCACAUCUGACUGUAAUUAUUGCAGAUAUUUGGGGCUGACUUUCCUAAUGAAGACGAAUGAUGUUGACCCCCGCAUGCAGGAUUUUGUUAGCACUGAGUGGGCUUCAUUUGUCAAUCCUGUUGCUCUCCUUUGGCUCUACUACAUCCUUGGCAUUGAAUCUUAUUACCUUCUUCGACCAAGAGUUAACAGUUAUGAAGCUGAUGAUACCAACGUAAACGAACACACACAUUUAAUAAGAAACAUGAGUCCCAUGAAGUAUGAUUCAACCGGUCGGCGGCGGAGCACAGUCAGGCAAGAUGCUCAUGGGAGUGUGAUCCUCAGUGAUGGCUAUGAAGAUGUGAUCCAGUUGGAUGCACUAGGAGCUGCACGAGAGGAAGAGAUCCAUCCAGGAAUAUGUGAACAGAUCCUGGACUUCUUCACCUCCCUGUUCCGGAUAAUAAACAGAUCCUCCUACAUUGGAACAAAUAUCAUCAUGAUGGCUUGGAGUAUUACAUAUCAUAGCUGGUUGACAUUCGUGCUGCUGCUCUGGGCCAGCAUCUUGUGGAUUUUCCCCAACCAGCGCCACUCUAUGAUGAGGUGUUCGCCUUUCCUUGUGGUGUAUGCCAUAUUCCUGCUUCUGGCUCAGUAUAUAUAUGGCAUGGACCUCACCAAUGAUGAACUACCAGACAAAGUGAAGGGUGUGAAUCUUCGUCAGAUAGGUUUCACCAGAACCACAAAACUGCCAUGUGAGCCUCUCUUUGUUAAGAGUUUAUAUACUCUCUUCUUCUGGAUAACAUUGCGUCAGUUUAUGCAAGAACGCUUUGAAAGACGCAACACAUCUGCACUGGAAGACAUGGCUGCACCUUUACAAAUUACUGUUGGCCCUGCAACCAGAGGUUUUUCAGGCACGGACGGAGCCAAGCAGUCAAGUCAGGCCAUGAAUUGGCUGGGUGACUUUGUUAAUAACCUUCUGACCAAGUUCUGGAUUUGGGUGGUUGCCAUAAUGCUCUUUGUGAUAGGCCUUAGUGGCACUCGAAUGACUGUGUAUCGCAUUAUCUACAUGGCACUCUUCCUCAUCUUUGUACUUGUCUUUCAGCUCUCUUAUCAAAUUUGGCGCAAGUUCAUGUAUGGAUUCUGGCUGACUGUCAUCAUCUACUCCAUGUCCAUAUUAGUGCUGAUCUACACAUACCAGUUUGAUGAUUUCCCCUACUACUGGACUAACUACCUUGGAAUUUCUCAAGAAUUACAAAAAGACAUCGGCAUGGAGAUAUUCCAGACCAGUGAGUUGUUUGUUAAACUGCUUACUCCAACCUUUUUUCUCGUAAUCACGGUGAUACAGAUGCACUAUUUCCACAAGGACUUCCUCGCGCUUACUGAUAUAAGUUGCAGAUCAGAGAUUUUGAAGCGAGAGUCCAGUAUGUAUGGCAGCUCAGUAGCAGGAGGUCAAGGCCAUGUGUCAGAAGAUCCAGAAGGAGGAACAAAUGAACAGCAAAAAGAGGAGAGUGUUCCAAUGCCUUCUCUGCGAACACUGAAACAACUUUCAACCAAGGAGCUACAGCAGCUGGCUCUCCAGUUCAAGAUUCAGGUGCAGAAAGUGAUUGACUUGCUUUGGCUGUUCCUGGAGCUGCACAUGCUGAAAUUAAUGCUGCUGUCCAUCAUGCUACUCUGUGUCUUUGAUGUAUGUGCAUUGCAUUUCAUCUUCCUUCUCCUGGCUGUGGUGGCACUGUCAUUCGGUAGCAGAAUCCACACAAUUGUGUGUCAUGUUGUGUCAGUUCUGGUCUCAGUUCUCCUAUUGGUCAAGAUGAUCUACCAGAUCAACUACUUUGUUCAUUCAAAUUAUGCUGUGAAUUGUACGGAAAAUGAUACUACAGGAAAUGACGCAGAUUGGCUUGGUCUAUACAAGAGCCACUCAGAUCAUACACUGCCAGAAAUACUGAAAGGGUAUAUAGGUUUGAUUUUCUUGGCAACAUUAAUGGCUGUGGUCAGGGUUCGGCAACUCUACAAGCGCCAACUAAGCGGUGAACUAAUUUCCCGCCCUCAUAUAAUGUUCCAAAACAUACAGCGUUGCCACGCAGAUCGUGAUCUUCGAAGCUGUUUUAAGUAUCUCCUCAAUUAUGGCUUCUACAAGUUUGGUAUUGAGAUUUGUCUAAUGGCAACUGUAGCUUUGAUUGGUACUCGAAUGGAUCUGUAUGCUGUCCUCUAUGGAGUGUGGCUUUGUGUUUUUGUCAUCAUGGAGAGAGAGAAACUGGCUAAGAUUUGGGGCAUUUAUCAGGUGUUCAUUGUAAUGCUGAUACCCAUUCAGUAUGCUAUGGCAGUGGGCUUGCCACCUGCACUUUGCAUUGAAUAUCCUUGGAACCAGUCACUGAUCCUGAGGAAUCUACAGGAGUGGAUGUUCUUGCCUGAUCCAGUACAUCCCCCUGCUGCAUAUAAACUGGUCUGUGACUUUGUGUUACUGAUGCUGGUGUGCCGACAGAGUCUUGUAUUCCGGAUAGAGAGGCGUUAUGCUGGGCAAAUCUAUGCAGGUGGAAGUAACAAGAGUAUCCUAAAGGAAACAGAACAGCCAGGUUUUGUUAACCCUGUGCCUGAUCACAUAUCUUAUGUCAGAUCAUGGCUGGAUAUUGCAAAGCGCUGUUUUCUGUCAUCCUUUCUCUGGGUAACACUGGCCAUUGUUUUCCUGGCUGGCACAAACCGAGUGAAUAUAUUUUCGCUGGGGUACCUUGUGGGUGCCUUUGUGUUUUUGUGGCAAGGAGAGGAGAUAUACCUGCGACCUGUGCCCUACAUCUUGAAGCGUUGGAACACACUGUUGGGCUACAAUGUGGCUAUCAUUAUGAUCAAAGCUUUACUGCAGAUCAUUGGCUGCAUAUUCCUUCAGGAAGUGACGAGUCAUGCUUGCUGGGCCGCACAGUUAUUUGGAAUAACAUGUAUCAGGAAGUUUCCUGCUUCAGGUGUAUCAUCACUUACAGUUAGUGAUUUGACACAGUGUAAUGUACCAAAAGAAAAUAGUGGUCUUAUAUGGGAUGGUGUAUGUUUCGGGUGCCUGAUUAUGAUGAGGAGGUUGUUCAGCAGCUACUAUUUCAUACACCAGAUUAAUGAGAACAAGGCCAUGACUGUUCUUGCAUCCAGGGGUGCAGAGUUGAUCGAGGAAUUACGAAUGAAGCGGAUAAGAGAGCAAGAGAAUCAGGAACACCGUAUUCUUGAGAAGAUAAGGGUGAAGAUGGAACGAAUUAAGGCCACUCAACAGAAGAUCCAGGGACCCAUGUUCAAAGAGCCUGAGAGUCAUCAUGUUGCACCACCUGGGUCUGUUCGGCGAUAUCCAAGAACAAAUCGUGAUGCCGUUCGCUCUGGUGAUUACUACAUGUUUGAAGAGCUGGAUGAUGAUGUGCUGGAAGAGAAGGAUGAAACAUCCUCAGAUGAUGAAGGUGGCAAGCAUGAUGGUGAGAGGCGCAUAACUCUUAGUAAGUUCCUGGAUACAGCCUUCAAGACUGACAUGGAACGGGCAGCAGAAUUGGCUCUUGCAAAGGGUACAGCGGAGGAGGAUGUUGCUGAUGGUGGUCGACGAUCUUCAGUCAAACUAACACGAAACAAAUCGUCCUUCUUCACAUGCGAGACAGAGAUCACACCCCAAGCGCAAGCAAGCAGUCCUUCUUUACGUAGUGACUAUAUGGUGCCAACUUCCCCAGAAGGAAGUAAGGGCAGCUACCCUUCACGGCAUUAUCCGCAAGAUGAGGCAGAUGCAGCUUCAACUACAAAAGAUGCAUCUUCGGAAACAGAAGUUAGAAUGAGUGUGGGACAGCGUAUAUGGCUGAUGGUGAAGUUCGCAUGGGCCUUUGUGGAAAGUGCCAUGGUGACAUUAACAAAACACCUGAACCACAUAUCCCGUGACUACCGCUAUGUCAUGGAAGUGCUUACAUUGGAGAAGAAAAUGCUUAAGGAGAAACCAGAUUUUGCUCAGGGUGUCCGAGUUGGUUCUGCAAUGAUCUGGCAACCAGUGCCAUCUGCAACGGAGCGCAGUAAACUCAGGCUGGGGGGCGCUGACGACCAAGCUGCCAGAACAGGGGACAUCACAGACGUGUACACCGAGACAUCCUCUAGUCAGAGUGCAAGGCUAGAUCCUGUUCCCCUCCCAGCCAGGGCCAGCACAUCACUGGACCAGAUAGAUGAAAGCACACCAGAUGAAGUGGAGCCCUUGGGCAGACUCCAGGUGUGGGCGGAGGAGAUGCUGACUAUACCUGAGAUCCGUGUUCUGGCCCCUAGUAUGGAGCGUGGCCUUGAUUUGUCUGAUAUUGGCAGCCAGCAGCCUCCAGUGAGUCUUGAACAGAUGGAUGAAACACAGGAGCUGAGUGCCAAGGACCAGGCUCCCAUUGUGCGACUUGUCCUGGCCCUGUGGUUUGCCAUCAUCUCACACUCAGACCUUGUGUGUUACUUCAUGGUGUUCCUCUAUCAGAUUAAGUCGGCCACCAUCUUGUCUCUGCCACUGCCACUCAUGGUGUUUUUAUGGGGAACACUCACAAUUCCAAGACCCACUAAAACCUUCUGGGUCACCAUGAUUGCUUACACUGAGGUGAUUGUGAUUGUGAAGUGGAUGUUUCAAUUUGAGUUCUUGCCAUGGAAUGGAACCGAGGUAAUUGAGAAGAACCCAUUCUUCCCCCCUCGAAUCAUUGGAAUUGAGAGCAAACCGAACUAUGCAACAUAUGACUUAUUCCUGCUGCUCAUCAUAUUUUUUCACAGGUACAUGCUGAAGUCUCUGGGUCUGUGGAAAACUACAUACGAAGAUCCAGUCACGUUCAAGGAAAAGGAACAGAAAUUUCGUUUAGAAACUGAAGGAGACCCUGUAGGUCUGCAUCGGGUGGAUGAAGAAGACACCUUAACAGCAGAUAUUGCUACACCAACAAGGAAGGAGGUGGCUACCCUGAAACAUGGAGGAAGCAGGUUAUCAUAUUCAGCACCUGGUUUGGGUAUUUCUGGGUCGUCAUCACAGUUAGGACGAGGUUCUUGUCUGCGUCGCCGCUCCUCAGCGGGCAGUGUAUCAGAUCAGGUGGUGACACAGGGAGGAAGACGUCUCAGUGCCUACAAAACAAGCUUAGACCAAUCUGAAGCAGGAGAUCAUGCCAGGUCUGCUGAAGAAGAACCAAGUGCCUCUAAUGUGAUUGUAGUUCGAACUGAUGAGGAGAAUGCUGGUGAUCACAUUCCAGGGUUCCUGGUAGUGGCCUCAAAACGAUAUUGUGACUCAGUGAAGGGCUUCUUUAGUCACCUCCUGUCUAGAGUCCAGCGUGUCACUGCAGAUGUAUAUGCGCUGAUGUUCCUCUGUGAUUUCUUCAACUUCAUGGUAGUCAUCUUUGGGUUUGCAUCAUUUGGGUCUGAUCUGGGAGAAGGAGGAGUAUCUGCUUAUCUGGAGGAGAACAAGGUUCCCAUUCCAUUUCUUGUUAUGCUAAUCCUGCAGUUUGCACUCAUUGUGGUGGACCGAGCCUUGUACUUGCGUAAAUAUAUUCUUGGGAAGAUUGUGUUCCAGUUCCUACUUGUAGUUGGAGUCCACAUAUGGAUGUUCUUCAUUCUACCUCUAGUCACUGACAAACAAUUCAGUGCAGAACUGCCACCACAGAUGUGGUACAUGGUCAAGUGCUUCUACCUGCUCCUUUCAGCCUAUCAGAUAAGAAGUGGCUACCCCACUCGCAUCCUUGGAAAUGUUCUGUGUAAACGCUACAAUGUCCUAAACAUGGUUCUGUUUAAAGGGUUCAUGGCUGUGCCUUUCUUAUUUGAGCUUCGUGCACUAAUGGAUUGGAUGUGGACUGAUACAUCGAUGACAGUGUGGGACUGGCUAAAGAUGGAGGACAUUUUUGCCAACAUAUUUCAGCAUAAAUGUGCAAGGCGCAUGGAAUCUGAGUAUCCGCAGCCUCGGGGGGAAAAGAAAAAACCUCUUGUCAAGUACUUUAUGGGAGGUGGUGGGCUGUUCGUUAUCAUUGCUGUUAUCUGGUUCCCAUUGGUUAUAUUUGCGCUAGGCAGUACUGUUGGGCAACCUAACUUGCCUUAUGAUGUCACUGUUACUAUGGAUAUUGGUAACUACCAGCCCAUCUAUGAAAUGUCAGCACAGAACAACACUGUCAACACUAUUGACAAGAUGAGUGAACAGUCUUGGAAUAAAAUGCAGAAUGCGUACAUGAAAAAUAAAGCUGCCUUAACUUUCUUAUCCAAUUAUGACUACACAGACAUUGCAGUAAUUAGAAUGAGCAAUUCUUCAAGGAUGGUGUGGGGCAUCUCUCAACCUGAUAGAGACUACUUAAUUGCAGACCUCCAGUCCAGUAAACAGAUUGUAAUUAGGUUUACAUGGCAUGUGUCACGUUUGAACCCAAAUCCAAAGACAACAGGGGAGGCUAGUAGCUCCCAUGUCUAUGAGCUGGAGGCUGAUGUAGAUGGAAAAUCCAACCCACAAAGACAGAAUCUCAUAAAGAUGUUGAAUGGGACACAUGUUUCAACAUUAAUUCCUAACAUUUUUCCCAAAUUCCUCAAAGUUUCUAACCGUGGAAUGGCUACUCCUAUCACACAGCUCAUGGCACCUCUUGCUUCUCCUCUAGAUGCAGCAUAUAGAAAUCUUAGUUUGCAGUACAAUGGAGACAACAGAUCCAGCAGCCAGAGUUGGUGGUCUCUUGAAGAAACCUGCAACGAUGAAAAUUAUGAAAAUUUCUUAAAGAAAAUAGAUGAUGACCACUGCAGUAAACUGGUUAUGUACACUUUCAAUGAUAAAUCCUUCCCCAAAACUCUGAGCUUCAUUUCUGGAGAAGGAAUAAUAGGUUUAUACUUCGGCCUGGUCCUUCUGUUUUCUAAAAUCAUCCGGAGCAUCAUGACUGGUUUGUUGGAGAAGAUCAUGUUUACAGACUUGCCAAAUGUGGAUCGUAUCCUACAGCUGUGUCUGGACAUCUACUUGGUGCGUGAGAGCGGAGAGCUGGACCUAGAGGAAGAUCUGUUUGCCAAGCUGGUAUUCCUGUAUCGCUCACCAGAGACACUUAUCAAGUGGACACGGCCACGUGAGGAGGGUGAAGGAGAAGAGGGCAAUGCACAGCCCGUGAUUGCCCAGUAGGCCUGCCACAUGGUCUUAAACAUGGUGCACAGAUCAUGCUCACACAACUGAACUGAGAUAUUGAUCAGUGUAUAGGCCAGUAGCAGCCGCAAUCUGGUGCUGUGUAGACUCCAGUAUGUAAUAAUCACUACACUGAUGAUUGAAGGAUCAUACUAUCCAACAUCUGAUGUGUACAAUGUAGUGGUAAUUCAGAAUAGCAUAUGAACUUGACUGAAAUGAACUUAGUGGACAGUAAAACCCUGCUUAUAUGAAUGAAGAACAGGAUAUGCCAGUGAGGAACUAGGAAAGAAUUGUGUUCUUUAAAUCUCCCUAUAUCCUUGCUGCUUAGGCAUGUUAUGUUGGUCCUUCUUCAGAUUAUGCAAACUAGCUCUCUUGGUCCAUACUGAAGUCAUCAGCUGUAGCAAUUUACUGGUCAUCAUUCACAGUAACAGGAUUACAGGGUCUGAGAUGGUGAUAUUAUAUUGGUAAUUUUAAUGUGGCUAUGGGGAUGUGUACAGUUGAGUGAUGCAGCACUUGCACCUUUUCCAGUUUGUUUCAUUUAUUGAGAAGGCUGUGUCUCUUUCAUUUUGAGCCAUCUUUUAUUGUGAUUCAAUAUGCCUCUUCCACCUGACCACUGUCAUAUGAUGGUACACCUUCCUGAUACACAGCAGUCAUCUGGUCAUGAUCCCCCUGGCAGACUUCCCUUGCAAAGGCAGGAACCAUAUCACAGCACGAGCCUCCACUUCCUCAACCUACAUUGCCAUUUUGUUUCUGCCCCUUCCGGUGGCUCCCUCUGUCCACUUGGCAUGGGAAAAUUAGACUGUUCAGCAAGCUGAGGAAAUGGGCUGUCUCCUAUAUAGAAUGAUAUUUUGGAAUUAUGAUUUUGUCAUGGUGAUAAUUAAAACAUUAUAACUUCGCAUCGUACUAGUAAGUCUUUUCAUUUUAACAUGUGGUAUGCUUUUAUUGCAGAAGGAUUUGAAAUAAAAGAAACUGCAUAUUCAGUCUCACUCUGAUAAAUUUGACAUAUUUAUGUCUUGCAUUUCUUUGCAGCUUAUAAUAUGAUUUGUAGUAAUAUUUAGAAAAAAGGUCUUAAUGUGUUCAGAACCCUAAUUCUGCAGAUGUGAAAUUAAUCUGGUGUGGUCUUGCAUGUGGCCUACUGCAAGACAAUAUCCACUUUAUCUGCUAUGAUGUCAGGUUACUCAUAAUUUCUGAAGUGACACAAUCUGGUGUCGUUGGAUGUAGAGACUUCCCACAUGCAUCACAUUCACUACAUAUUUAGGUUGCACUCUGUUCCCCCCCCAUGUUAUCAAAUGUUACAAAAUUAUUUUUUACAGAUUUUUAUAAAUGUAAUAUAGUGCAGUGUGUGUACUUAUAUAUGUAUAUAGUUGGUUUAGAUUUGCUUUAUGUGUAAAAAAAUCCCAUAAUUGUUUUUGUCAUAUUUAUGAAAUUCCUAGCGGCAUUAAUGUAAUAGCUGUUACACUUUCCAAGCCUCUGAAUUUUAACUUCCAGUUACAUUGCUAAAUUAAGCAUUUCUCUGGAAGAGCUCUUUCAGUGUUAUUUCCCUGACUCCAGUCUGUAAGGGCGACUUGCAUAAAAGAGAA